CCAGUCUCGCAGAAACGCUCAAAGCGUUCGGACACCCAAGCUUAAAGCAGUAGCCACCAAAAGCGAAAGAAAUACAGACACACAGAAAGACAGAAAGAAAGAGAGAGAAAUACAGACAGGCGACUUGGAGUAACUUUCGUGCCUCGUGGUGGUAGAAAACCUGAGCUAUAGCCGUAUCUGUUGCUGGAGAAAGGCCUGGCCUGGCCUGAGCUGAGCUGAGCUCAUGGGCUGGUUUUGCAUGGAUUUUGCUUCAUUUCACUAGGCCCCAAAUGCGUUGACAUUGAUUCUGGGCCAAUGUGCAGCCUCAUCUGCAGUUCAGGGCUAUCGGGCUGAUUACCAAUGCGAUACGAUAUACGAUGUAAGGGAAAAAGACAAGAUUCAAGUUUAAACCUGUUGAAGGGCACACAAAAAACCAGCUGCGAGAGAAGACUGGAGAGAGGAGAGCACAGAGCAGGGAGAAACUCAAACAGCGCAUGCGUGCACGUGCAUGAGGCCACAAAGAGAGUGAGAGAGUGGUGUGCAGUCAGCUUUGGAACCGAAAAUUGGGACAAGAACGAAGCAGUGCCCUCAGCUGAUGUUCGCAGUGCUGCUGAAACUGUCCGAGGCUACUAAAACUGUGCGCCGCAUGCGGCGGAAGUGUCAACAGUGUCUGUCGAGUGAGAUUGCGCAACUUCGACACCAAAUAAAAGACAUAAAUGCGCUAACUAACCCACAAUAAACAGAAAAUGUGUAAGAAAUCUAUGUUGAAAAUUGGCAAACUUACGAACUGUGUGAAAUUAAUAAUAAUAAUAUAAAAAGCAACGACAACAAAGCAAGCGCUUUGUUCGUGACUCUCAAUAAAAUAAAAUAAACAAAAGUAUAACAAAAAUCGCAGCGCAAGUCAGGCAAAAUUAAAAAAAUGUCCAAGUUGUUGAAUAUAAAUUCGCUUUCGUUGGUGCAUUGCCUGGCGGCGUUGCUCUGUGUGGCGGCAUCGCUGCCGCAAAACCAAAAACAGCGACAACUAGUGCCGCUGCAGCUGCAGCCGCAGCAGCAGCAAAUGACGACGACGCCAAUUGUGGCAGGCGGUACUCCAGCAUCAGCGCCAGUGCCAGUGCUAGUGCCAGAUCUUUUGAAUGCAACCGAUGCGCCAGCUGGCGACUCCUUCGAACAGCAGCAGCCACAAAAACAAGCAACAUUGCAGUAUCCACAUAUAACGGCAUUAGAUAAAGAAGUAGUUGAACGCCUGAUCAAGCAAUGGGCGCCGAUUGUGUGGCUGGCGCCGGAGGAGAAAUUCAUGCCGCUGGGCGUGGAGGAGUUCCUGCAGCACGUCCAUCCCAUGGACAAGGACAGUAGCUUUCGGCCCGGGGUCCCCUUCAGUGAGUACUCGACCAAGUCACAUCUGGUGACGAACGCCGAGAUGCACGAUCUGCUGGGGAAUGAGCAGUCGUUUAUCUAUGGUAGGAAUCCCAAUGAGAAGCCAGUCCCCAUCUAUGGCGUGGUAACCAUGUGUCCGGGUAGGCGGGAGCCAGUGAUGGCUUCCAUUUCCACGCCUCCACUGGCCAGCACACGAGGCCCCUACAUUCCUGUCUCCAUUGAUCCCCUCGAGGAACGCAAUGAGACCGUGAGGCGAUCCUCGCGCUUGUUCCCCCUCUUCCAGCGGGUUAAGCGAGACGCAGAACACGACCUCAAUGAGUACGAGGAGUUGGUGAUGGUGGAGCCAUCUCAAACCGAUCCUAAGCCACAGCCACAGAUGGAGUUGGAGCCUGAACCUGAUAACAGCAUUCCCGUAAACAAUUUCAUCGCCAAUCUGGCGGAUAAUGUCAAGUUCAGUGGCGGAGCCGGUCCGGAGGAUAACCUGGAGGAGGAGAACAGCAUCGGGACGUCGCCCGAGCACGAGGUGAAUGCGGGACAGGGCAAGCUGCCAGGAUUCCACGUCACCUACUGGAUGUUCUAUCCCUACAGCCAGGGAAAGACCAUGUGCACUGUGAGUCUGGGUCCCCUCGGUCGGAUCCCCUUCCCAGCUGUCUACGGCUAUUGCCUGGGCCAUCGCAAGGAUAUCGGCAGCCACGUGGGCGACUGGGAACACAUGAGCCUCUACUUUAACGGGGAUGCCGAGCCCCAGGCCAUGUACGUGUCCGCGCACGAUGCGGGUGCCUUCUACAGCUACAACCGGCUGACGGGCUCCUUCGAGUUCCGACGCCAGGAGACGCGCAAGGGCAUCCUGCAGCGUCCAAAUUUUCCCAAAACUGUCACCACAUUCAAGAACCAUCCGGUUCUGUUCGCCGCGAAGGGUUCGCAUGGUCUCUGGACGGCCCCCGGUAAGCAUAGAUUCGUCAAAGUGGCUCGCCUCUAUGAUAUCAAUGGGUUCGGCACGCCCUGGAACACGUGGAAGUCAGUGGACAUAAGCUACGAGAACAUCAGAUCAUAUGGGCGUUCCCUUGUUCCUGAUUGGCUUACGUAUCGUGGGAAAUGGGGAAAUCCCAAGAGCAAGUGUCAUCCCUUUCGACGCAUCGGCCUCAACUUCUGCGAAUUCACGGACGGACCAACAGGCAUACCCCUGAAGGAACCCCACUUUCAAUGCGGUGCCGACUAUCACUGAGGAGAGAACUCCGUCCCCCCCCCCCUCUUUUUAGAAUUAAUCUCAUCUUUAGUGUAUAGUGAAGUAUUUAUUCUGAAAAACCACCCAAAAAUCGAUCCCCUAGAUGAUUAAAAAUGAAGCAGAACGUAAAA